CUUGAAACUUUCCAACCUUGUCUCCCCCCAUAUAUAUCCCCUCACCUCUCCCUUAUUAUUCCUACCCUAAAUCUCUCUCUCUCUUAAGAAUCAUCACCAUGAGUUGCAACGGAUGUAGAAUACUUCGAAAAGGAUGCAAUGAAAAGUGCAUAUUGAGAGAAAGCAUACAAUGCAUGGAGAGCCCUCAAUCUCAAGCCAACGCCACUCUCUUCGUCGCCAAAUUCUUCGGCCGCGCCGGCCUCAUCUCCUUCCUCUCCUCCGUCCCCCACUCCCAACGACCCGCUCUUUUCCAAUCUCUCCUCUUUGAAGCGUGCGGGAGGACGGUCAACCCGGUCAACGGAGCCGUCGGCUUGCUCUGGACGGGCAAUUGGCACGUGUGCCAGUCCGCGGUGGAGACGGUCCUCCGCGGCGGAGUCAUCCGCCCCUUGCCGGAGUUCGAGGAGGGAUCGUCGCCGGAGACUAACGAGAAUUCUCUCUACGCAUCGCGAGAUUUGAACAAGAGGCUGAAAGCAUCGGAAGGUGAAGGAUUGGCGGCGCCGAGAAGCAGGGGGAGGAAGAGACCGGCUACCCCGUCGGAUGAGUCCGAAACGACGACGUUGGAGAGCGGGUAUGAUUUGCAGCUGAACCGCCAUGAACGUGAUGAAGCCAAGCUUCUACGGCUCUUUUCUUAGCUGGUUUUUUUUUUAAUUAACAUUCGGAUUUUUAACGAAAUCUUGAGUUGGAGUAUCUUUUCUUCUUUUUCUUUAGUUUAAUAAUUUGUGAUAUUCCAUAUAUUACAUAAUUGUAAUUAAUUACUCCACUUGUUAACUAUUUAUAUGGCAUUUGGUGUCAAUAUUAUUAGAACAAUAAUAUUGACAUUGCUUCUAGAAGAUAAUCAUGCUUUAUUAUUAGGGUCAAUAUUUAGUGUGUGUGCUUUCUAUUUUGAUUAUGUAACCUUGAAAGUCAUGGUAUUAAUUUGGCCUCAAUUGAAUGCAAAAUAAAUAACUAUUUCAUGCUAA